ACUGACAGUAGACCAUAGACUGUAUAUAAAUAUUUGUGGGAACGUAUCGUCCGUCUUUUAUUCAUUUCACUGGGGAUUUAUGUUGACCUCGUAGUUUUGCUUGUUUCAUUUCCGCGUUUCUUUCCCACUGACUGAAUUGAACACAUCUUUAACGCGGACAUCUGAGGAAUUCGAUUUUUUUUUUUUAAUUGAUCGUUUUCAUUCAAAGCUCCGGGAACUCUUCUGGUGGAGUCAUGAAUACUCGUCUUCUGCUGCUCGCCGCUCUGCUGUCGGGUUGUGCAGGAGGAACCUCAGAUAAAAGUGAGAAUGAGAUCCUGGCCUCUGCUGGCGAAUCGGUUCUUCUGCCGUGUCAAAUCAGUACCAGCAUUCAAAACCCAACGGUGGAGUGGACCAAGGUGGGUCAGAAAACCAAAUUCAUCUUUGUGUACCGGGACGGCUGUGAGACCUUCGAGAUGAAGGAUCAGGAAUUCCAGUUCAGGACGAGUCUCAUCAUGAGUGAAGUGAAAAAUGGAAACAUCUCUUUGAGGAUUUCAAACGUGCGGCCCUCGGAUGCAGGAAAGUACAACUGCAGGGUUUUCCAUAGGUCGCAGUCAGGGGUUGUCAGAACACUGGAGCUCAUUGUGUGUGCUCCCCUCCAGCCAAAGCUCUCAGUGGUUGCGGGUGACAUGGAGACUCUGCAGUGUGAGGUGAACAGCUCGCUGCCGCAGCUUCAGAUGACUUUUCUUGACCAUCAAGAAAAGGACAUUAAUGCUCAAGAAGUCCCAAAGCGACGUCAAGAUUCCAGGGGAUGUUGGACCAUCACCUGGAGAGUGACAGUGCCGAAUGCGAGCGAAAGGGUCACCUGCAGAGUUCUCCAGCCUCACACAAACCAGUUCACAGAUGCACAGAUUUACUUUACAGCUAAAUCCACGAUGACCUGCACAGUUUUGUGCAGUGUUGUUGCUGCUGUUGCUGUGGUGUUUGGACUCAUUUAUAUUUCGUAUAAAAUAUAUUCCAACCGUGUGAGAGGAAAACAACGUCUAGAGCCAAAUCAGCCAUUAGUACUAAAAACGGACGCACAGACUUACCAUGUGGUAAAACAGUCUGAAUCCAGCAAUCCAGACGUCUCCAGUGAGCAUCAGAUCAAAAUACGGGAACUGGAGUCGGAGCUUCAAGAACAACAAAGCAUCAUUUCCCAACUACGUGAAGAACUGAGUCUCAGAUCGAAGCAGAGCCCUGUCCCAUGCCAUCUCAACCAGCCUACGUUAGACCUCAGUCCUCCCAAAUCUAAUAGCAUUAACCCACACCAGUUUCCAAACGGCAGCAAUCCAAAUCCGUUGGCCACAUCCAAUGACAACCAUUUAAAAUCCGUCAGCUUCCAGAAAAAGGCUAAGAAACCUGGCUCCGGGAGGCAAACUGCUGUCGGGCGCUUCAGCAGCGGUGUCACUACUCGUCCUGAGUCGGCCGAUUCUUCUCGAAAGUCUGUUUCAGAGGAAAAGCCUUCAAAACGCUUGUCUGAGUCCCGCUCUCAUUCAAAGGCUACAAAGCCCCAACGCAGACACACUUACUCAGCUGUGACUCCGAACCGUUACGAUGUCCUGGCAGAUACAUCUCUAGACUAAGAAAAUUCAUAUUUAAAAAAUAUCUUUUUUAGGAUUGCAAUACUGGUGUUAAAAAAUGUCUACGAUUAUAUUUAGCUUAUAAUUUCUAUGAUGAAGACACUUCAAUCUAUCUUCACUUUACGAUAGUGUAGAAAAAGUUUCUACACUAUCAGAAACUUUUUCUGGCUGGUGUGAAUUUUUGCGGGUGUGCAGAGAUUGAGCUUCCUGUUCUUGACAAACAUAUGGAAACAAAAUGGCACUCCAGCAAAAAAUGAAUUGUGAAGUGCAUGCUUAGCAAAUGUAAUUGAUAAGUUAAAAAUACCUUCUUUAAAAAUAGAAAUAUGUGCAAUGUGCAACAAAUGAUUGUAUAAUUAUAUUGUAUAAUAAAG